GAAAUAUGAAAGUGACACAGAAGGACCCGACCGACACAAAGGUUGGUAUUUGGUAAUAGUCACAAUACCGAGCUUGCAAAACUGAAGUUGUACCCUCCACCAAAUCCACAAAACAUAUUGACCUUGUUUCUGGUUCUCUCAUCUAUUCCAAAACUUCAAUCCAAAUGGAGUUCUACGGCCAGAAAGUGGUUCUGAUCACCGGCUGCUCGCAGGGAGGCAUCGGCCACGCGCUGGCACGCGCGUUCGCCGACGAGGGCUGCCUGGUGGUGGCCACAACCAGGUCUCUGAGCUCCAUGGCUGAUCUUGAGGACGACCCAAGAUUCUUCCUUCAAGAACUGGACGUGGUUUCCGAGGAGAGCGUGAAGCAAGUGGUGUCCACAGUGUUGGAGAAGUACGGCCGAGUCGAUGUGGUGGUGAACAAUGCUGGAGUUCCGUGCGUGGGCCCACUCGCUGAAGUUCCUCUAUCUGCCCUGCAACACACAUUUGACACCAACGUUUACGGUUCCAUGAGGUUGAUACAAACUGUUGUACCUCACAUGGCAUCGAGAAAACAAGGAAAGAUUGUUAAUGUUGGAAGUGUUACUGCUUUAUCACCUGGACCAUGGUCUGGUGCUUACACAGCAUCGAAAGCUGCUCUUCAAGCACUUAGUGAUUCUUUAAGAUUGGAACUCAAGCCCUUUGGGAUUGAUGUAAUCACUGUUGUACCUGGAGCUAUUAAGUCAAACAUAGGAAAUUCUAGUUUAGCUGGCUACAACAAGAUGCCUGAAUGGAAAUUAUACAAACCUUUUGAUGCUGCAAUCCGUGAUAGAGCAACUCGAUCACAAGGACCCAGAUCAACUCCUUCAGAGGAGUUUGCUAAGAAGACGGUAUCUGCGAUUCUAAAGAAGAAUCCACCUGCUUGGUUCUCCAUUGGUUAUCUCUCUACUAUUUUUGCAAUCUUGUAUUACAUGCCAAUCUCUGAAGUAUUCAAAUUCACUGAGAAUGAUGAGGAAGGCUAUAAUACACCAUUCCGGGUGGUUGAAGUGGCCGGAAAGUAGGAGGUUGUUGAAUUAAGGGUAUUUGUUGCUGCUGAGUAACUGGUGAGGGCUGCUGGUUCAUUUGCAAGGGCUGCUGAGAUAAAGGCACCAUUGGACUUACCAUAUGCGGUGGGGGUGGUGGCGCUCCUAGAGGCAAAGGUGGGAUAUUCCCGUAAACAUAUUGGCCCAUGACACCUCCUGAAGGCUGUAAAUAUUGUUGUGAAGAGGGGUUUUGAAGCAUAUGAAACUGAGCUUGUGAGGUCGGGACAUGAUUCUGCUGUUGCGGAACCAUUGCUGAUUGGUACGAGUGGUUUGGAGGCACAGCGGGUGGCUGUGUUGACAUAAAAACAAUGGGAUCUGAAACUGGCAUGGACCUUUCAGGUUUAGACAUUGAAUCAGUGCCCGAACUCUUUGGCGUGGAUGGGAAUGAAUUGGAAGAGGUGGAAGGCUUGGUCAGGCCAGCAGUCUU